AUGGCUCUGCCAACCCUCCAGUUCCUCGCGGGGCUCGUGCUCCUCAUAUACCUGCUCUCCUUUGUCCUAUUCGCCUUUAUACGCAUAGCUACCGGGGUCUCCAUACAGCGCCUGGGCUUACGGGGCCUGCGACGCAUCGCCUUCACGCCCAAGGAUGGCCUGCGCAUCGAGAUCCGCGGACUCGGUUUCACCCUUCACCGACCCACAUUCGCACAACCCACGGUAGUCAGCAUCGUCCUGCACGAGCUCAAAGUCACGGUCGACCUCAAAGCGCUGGGAGAGAAGCCGCGGAAGAAGACGGGAUGGGCCCAUUGGGCAAACGGCACUACACAAAAGGGCAAGAGCGGCCAGAACACGCCCGAGCCCGUGGCGGAGGAUGACGACCUGGGCGAUGACGAGACACCGCGAAGCCUGACGUGGAAGCGGCUGACAGAUGCCAAAGAGAAGAUCAAGCGCCUGCACCGGAACAUCAACUGGCUCAGGCAGGUCGAUGUCGUGGCGCACGCGACCACCCUGGUCGUAGUCGAUGUGGGCUCCAUCCAGGUCGGCGGCCUCAACCUGGCAGUCGACACACGGCGCAAGACGGUCGAUCGCAGUCGCCUCUUCAACCAUCACAAGCCCAAGUCCGACGAGGAGCAGUGGCCAGCCGAAUGGCUCUUCUCCGCCCGCAGCAUCCUGUUCACGCCGGAGGGCAGAGAAUCGACAGAACUCCUGGAUCACUGCACCCUCAACGUCCACGGCUUCCUCAAGAAAGGCCUCGAGGGUCUGCGCGAUGCGUCCAUCGCACUCAAGCUGGGUCGCCUCCUCAUUCCACUCGAUGAUGUCAAGCUGUGCAUGGAGAGGGCCCAAAAGUGUCGCGCGCCUAGCCCUCGAAAGCGUUCUCGGGGCAGUCGGACACAUGUAUCGCUUAGCGAUGUGAUGGAAGAGCUCGACGACCCCAACAGCCGCGAAGAAAACCUUGUUCGUACCGUAUCCGACUCGCGUGAGUUCGCCAGCUCCAUCCUCCGCGGUAUCCAUGAAUUUCAGUUCGCGAUUGGCUUCCUCGGCCUCACCAAGCAGAUCGAAAUGGGCCACAGCUCCGAGCCUCCAGUCUACCUUAAUCUCUCCAUGAAGGAAGUCGGUAUGGACCUCCUCCGCCUCGAUCCUCGCAGUCCCGCGCAUCUCAUGUACUUCUCGCCUGACGACAUUGCCCACCAGGCUCUCCUUGCCGCCAUAUCCAUAUCUGUCGGAAUUGACAACAGCGAUGGCCAUCCCGAGCGCCUCCUCUACAUUCCUAUGGCGACCAUGACCCUGAACACGACCCUUCCUUCUAAAACUAUUCAUUUCUCUAAUGACAAAGAUAGCGCCGAGCGCAACACCAACAUACUAUUCGCCAACCUGGUCGUCACAUCCCCAUCUCUGGAUCUUGACCCCAAGCAUCUACCACUACUCCUCGCCAUUUUCCACAACUACGAGCUGCACCGCAAACCGCCUGAAACCAGACAACGUAAGCGAUAUCUGUUUCGCCGGCUCUUGCCCAAAGCAAACAUCAAAAUUUCUAUCCAUGAGCCUGUUAUUAGGGUCACUCUUCCACCGAUGGACCCCGACAAGCAUGAGGCCGACGAGUUCGAUCUGCUCAUCUCUGCAUCUUCCUCAAUUUCCUUGGAUAUGGAAUCAUCGCACUCUGCAGAUGGCGAGUUACAUUAUGCACUGAGCUCGACGUUCCGUAUGAACGCACAGCAACUCUACUACCAGACUGCAGCCAUCGAGAAGCACAACUUGCUCCUGACCGACUAUCUCGAAGUCAAGGUCCAGAUGAGUGCGGCUCCCGACCCAGUUGUGGAGGUCUGGGGCACCGCACAAACUUUCUCUCUCUACAUGGUUCGGCCUGAGAUCAGUGAAGGACUGCGGCAGAUCGUCACACAGAUGUCCAAUGACAUGGGCCGUCGGCGUAGCCCUCCCAGAAAGAAGGGCGUCAACGUACUCCGGAGACUACCGGCCUGGAUGACAUACGUACAUCUCCAAGGAUCGGACUUCAACGUGGACGUCGCUGGAAUAGAUCCUGAUGUAUCUAAACAAAGUCGAGGAGUUGCUCUGCAUUUGGAAUCUUGGACUGCCGAAUACAAAACUGGCCGGGAAGAAGACAUAGAUCUAAGACCUGCAAGACGGCGCGCACCAAGUAGAAGCAUCAAUCGCGAGGAGCAUCUGCUUAGAUCACCACCUCCAUCUUCGCCGAAGUCACCGAAAGGAACAUUGAACGGCCCAACCGAUGGUAGACGUCUUGCGUUACAUUUCUACGGGUUGGAAGGCUUGGUCAUCGAGGGCGACGAGCAAUCGGAACAAGAACCAACGUUGUCGCUGCCCCGUAUGGAGAUUGCUCUACACACGCUCUCCGAUAAACAGGGCCCGAUAUUUCACGUGCACUCUUACAGCCAAAACCUCUUUUUGCGUUAUUCGCUCUAUCGUCACUUUGCCUUGUGCAUGGCAAUGCAGGUCCUGCAGAGGUCUUUUGAUUGGGGUGCGGGCAAGACCAAGGCUCCAGAGCCAAGCUUGUCCAGCUCGCCACGGCAUCUCUCCGUACCGUCGUUGGGUGAGGAUGUCGUUGACCCACCCAGUACAGCCGGCAACGAGAUCGUGACGAUCGAUGUCAAAUCUCACUUUUUACAGAUCAAAGCAGACAUGCCUGGAGAUCCACCUCUCAUGCUCCAGAUCUAUGGACUUGAGGCAGGAAAGCAUCGCUGGGCCAGCCCCUUCCUUCGCGCACGUCUCGUGCGACUGUUCGCCGAGAACCCUGCCAUCAAACGCGCUUGGAGUCGAAUCGUCAGUGUCAAAUCUUUACGGUUGGAUUAUCGCCAGUCCAAGCUCAGGUACGGUCAUACAGUAACGAACGAAAAGUCAUUCGAUAUCGCGACGGACGCGAUAAGAAUCGCCGUGCCUCAUCAACUCGUCAUGCACAAGAUCUUCGACAACGUCGCAAACGUUGCGAAGACUGCCAAGCAAGUGCAUCAUCGCUUCAAGACCGGAACUAAUGAGUACGUACUGGACAAAGAAGCCGAAGGUCCCAAGAUCGUACCAAAGAUAUCGCUUCGAAGCCGCGCUGUCCUCUUUGAGCUGGAAGACAACGCCUUCGAAUGGAAGCUUGGAACUAUCUACCGCAUUGGACUCAUGGAGCAGAAGCAGAGGCUUGCUCGUGAACAUGCCUUUGAUCUCAAAGUGCGGAAACUACAACAGCAAGACGAACAACGUGGCGGUACACGCUACCGCGCAAGAUCAGCACAUGAUCCCCGGGGCCGAAACAAGAUCAAGAAAAGGGACAAAGAGCUCAGGUUCCACCGGCGCACGAAGAGCGCGGACUCGAGCGGACAUAGCUCACCGGAACGGGGACGUUCAGAUCAUCCUAUGCGGUAUAACAAGGAUGGUUUUAGCGGUCUUAGUGGGUCAUAUGAAACAUCGGUACAGGACGCGCGCGUGAAGCUCAAUCGCCUGAACGCUCAGACGUGGAAAAAGCGCAUCGAUUUCGCAAUGGCAACUCAGAAUCGAUCCAUGAACGACAUCCGCUCAACAUUCUGGGGCUUAGAUGAACUGCCGGAUGACAUUGAGCAGAAGGAAACCAUUCUUGCUGUCUCGCAACGCCCAGCCCUGAUGGCGCUGGCUGUCAGUGACCUGGAGAUUGUCAUUGAUAAGCCCUCAUUCCCCAUUUCGGAGUACCCACGCUUCCUGCACCGUGUCGGCAAAGGUAUGCCAUUCGAUACCCAGUACGCUCUUUUGAUCCCCAUGCACGUUCAAAUACAGAUGGGAGAAGCCAAGAUCCACCUUCGCGAUUAUCCGCUGCCACUAUUGCACUUCCCAGCUAUCGGCAAUAUACAGUCGUCCCGGCUACCGAGCGUCCUGAUGAAGACAGAUUUCGUGAUAGCAGAAGAGUUUAGGGACGUCGAAUCUUCCCGCGUCAGCCGAGUUGUUGUCGUGCCUCAGGAGCGGAAUUCUGCAGGCGAACUCACGCGUGGAUAUGCGGUAGACGUUCGUCGGACUGUGGCGCCCGUGAAGACAUACUCUGACAUGGCGAUCGAUAUCAACUCAGCAUACCCGACAAGGAUCACUUGGGGCACGUCGUACCAGCCAGCAAUCCAGGAUAUGAUGCAAAUCAUUGAGAAUUUCACAAAGCCAGCGGUAGACCCCUCAGAGAGGGUUGGAUUCUGGGACAAGAUUAGGUUGACCUUCCACUCGCGCAUCAACGUGUCGUGGAAGGGCGAUGGCGACGUCCAUCUGAUUCUCAAAGGUUCACGCGAUCCGUACAUGGUCACAGGUCACGGUGCGGGCUUUGUCAUGUGCUGGCAAAACGACGUGCAACUCAGCAUUGCUGAGGACGAAGAUCCUAAAAACUUCAUGAUCGUCAAGAGCGGAAGCUACGUGCUCGCCAUCCCGGAUCUCAAUCACUUUGCUCGUCACGACGCGGAGACUGAAGCUGUGGCCCGUCCAGAUACUGCAUCGAGCAUGUCUAGUCGUAGGCAGAGAGCCGUCUUCAAGAAAACAGUAAUGAAAUUGAACGGCAAUGUGCGCUGGGUUGCCGGACUGGUAUUUGAGCGCAACCUGGACGACGGCGGCCGUUCCUUCAACUUCAUACCCCACUACAAUGUCACCCUCAAGAAUCCAAAGUAUGCGAAAGCAUCCAAUGGAAAGGAGUAUGACGCCUUCCGAGGCUUCCGCAGUCACCACAUCCACAUGUCUAUCGCUAUCGCUGCUCCAUACGAUCGAGAAUGGUCUGUCGCCAACUUAGAACCAUCAAAGACCUACAACAGUGUGCAUCUCUCACCACGCUUCUUCACACACUUCUACAGCUGGUGGUCGAUGUUCUCCGGUGCCAUGUCAUUGCCCGUACGCCAGGGCAAGCUGUGGCCAGGAGUAGAGAAGUCUAGCAAGAAAUUCGGGCGGCACCUUGCAACCAUCAAGUACAACCUCUUGCUAUCGCCUCUGUACAUGAGCCAUAUCUACAAGCACAAAGAUGCGGAAGACUAUGGUGCAGGCGUUGUGGCCGCCACUGGACUGAAGGCCCGUCUCGACAGUUUCAUGUUCGAUCUCCAUCAGCGCCGCGAAGAAUUCCGAACUUUGGUUCAAGCGCCUGAAGGCCAACAAAACAGCAGGCAAAACAAGACGACUGGUAUGCGCAUCAAUCAAGUACAGCUUGACCUCAUCCGGACAGACAUCCGAGCGGUGUCUGCAAGCAUUGCAGGAACAGGCUCUGAAGAUGUUGAUAACGCCACCGCGGAUGAUCUCGCUAGCUACAACCAGGAGUAUCUAACAGCCGACUUGUCGAAGUUUACGAUUCCCGACAACGAUCUAGGCUGGGUCGAUAUGGACGACUUCAUUGAACUUGGCUGGAUCUUGCCGUCACGCCGGCAUCCGGAAACACAGAUUCUCCCGCUAGCAUUCGCGCCACGAUUUACGUACUUCCGUCAAACCGAUCAUGCCAACAACAUUUCGGGCGACAAACACCGCAAGAGCGCAUUCGGUAACGAGCCGACUCAUCAUUGUGUCAUUUCGGCAAGGAAUGACCCACGUCGGGUACAAUGUCAAUUGAUUGAGCAACGGAUUGAACGUGUGAAAGAGCAGGUUGCUCUUAAUCAGCACGCAAUCAAUGACCAAGAAUUAAAAGUCGUUCGUGAGACGUCAGACAUGCAACAAGAGUCGCAACGCCGUCUUGAGGCUCUGCGUAAUCAUUCCCAGUUCCUUCAACGGAAACUAGAAUUCCUCUCUACCAUGCAUGCUAGUCUGCUGGAGCGGCUAGAAACUGCCGCGUCUUCACCAGACAACACUGUCGUAGAGGCUGAUACCGACACAGAAGAUGAGUAUUUUGAAGCAGACGAAGCUCAAAAUGCUAUCGACCCUGAACACAAGCACGCCGAUGCGCCUCCUAACCCUAUCACGGACUUCACCAAUGACUUCAACAACCGAUUCAUCAUUCACAACAUCCACCUGAAGUGGGGCAACUCCCUACGGAACAUCAUACUCCGCUACAUACACCAAGUCAGUCAACGUCGAGGAUUCGUCUACUACAUGUCACGAAGGGCAGUAAAGUUCAUACUCGAUGUUGUUGAAGAGCAGAAUAAGUCUCGUGGACCAUCUACAUCUGGACCUGACGAAACACCCAUGGCUGGCGACAACGAGGCCGGACUGAAUAUUGAUGAAACAAUCGAGCAGUUGCUUCGCGACGGCAGGAAUUUUGUCGACGCUGAUGAGGAAGACGCUAAAAGCAAGAGCACCAACGGUGCUGGUGACUCUUCACAUGCGAAUCCGACAAAAGCGGAUGAAGAUGUCGCGGACGAUUACGUCUCUCAGAACUCGUAUCUCGUACGUUUGAUUGCACCGCAGAUCCAAUUGCAGAGCGAGAAAGACACCAAGUCUGCGGUACUUGUCACGGCCAAAGGCAUGCAGCUCAAGGUUCUACAAAUCAUGGACAAGGACCGUGUCAUGGACGAGGUCUCGGGUCUCGUUCAACGAAGGUUCAUCGCAGCUAUGGACAGCUUGCAAAUCUUCGUCACCAACUCAAAGACCUUUAGCAGUCCGGAGGAUAUCCACAUGUACUCCGGAAGCAUGUACGGAACGCCAGCUGGCUCAGCGUGGCCACCAUGGGUACCUUUCGAGGUCAUGUUCGAGUUCCAUAGCAAUCCAUUCGGCUUCCAGCGGGUGGUACAGCGAACUUCAGCCAGUAUGCGCUACGACAAGCACAACGCGCUGCGCCUGAAGUACAACGACGAUGUCUCGGCUGCCGACUCGGCCACAUCUGCUGACAACAUGGAGAGCCGUAUUGACCAUCUAUGGGUGGACUUCCCACACGUGCGGGCCCUGUGCGAUUCCAGGCAGUACUAUGCGAUGUACGUCAUCGUGUUAGAUCUUUUGCUGUACCACGAGCCUUUGGAAAAGACGCGUAAUGAGCGACUUGAGAAGAUCAUGCUUGCUUCCGACUUCACCGAUCUCGCAGGAGCUCCAAAGCUAGUCAUGGGUCUUCAAGAGCGUAUCCAGCAAUUAGAAGAGAUCAAAAAUGUCUUCCAGAUCAAUGAGAAAUACCUGGACAAGCAAGGUUGGGAAGACCGGAUUGAAGUUGAGAAAGACUUGGCUGUCUACGAGGACGAGCUCUUCUUCGUCAUGAAGGCGAUCACGACCGCACAACGCAAGCAAGACGAUCGUGCUCAAGCAAGAGAUUCAACUGGCCUUUUGCGGAUGUAUGUCUCUGCAUCAGACAUCGUUUGGCAUCUGCUUCGCGAAGGCGCAGAGUCACUAGCAGAAUUCCAACUGAAGAACGUCGCAUUCGACCGCACAGACAACAACGAUGGAUCCAACUCGAACUCUUUGGAGAUUGAGCAAGUGCGAGGUCUGAACUUGCUACCUAACGCCCUAUACCCAGAGAUGAUUUCACCUUUCCUGGAGCAAGAUCAGACUCUUCCGGAAAACGCCAAAUGCCUCAAGGUGUACUUUGUGGCGCUUGAAUCGAUCGCUGGUAUCCCUGUCGUGGAGCACUUUGAAGUUGAGUUGUACCCACUGAAAGUGCAGUUGGAGUACCAGAUCGGCAAGAAGCUGUUGCAAUAUGUCUUCCCUACGUACGGCGACAGCAAGACAGCAAACUCGUCGCCCUUCUUACUCAAGCAUACUCUGCCGACUCAGGAUGAGGAAGACGAAGAAACCGAUAGCAUCAUUUCUGGAGCGACAAGUAUGAGCGCCUCGCUUGCAGCUGAUGACGGCGCUGUGGAGGCGCUCAAACAACGGCUUACACCCACACUCCAGCUGCCUGAUCCAGUACAGAAGUCUGACGCAAAGAGGAAGAGUUUGGUUAAGCGCCCAAGCGCUCACUAUUUCCGUUUCUUCAAAGACAGCAAUCCUUCCCGUAGUGGAACAGAGCUUCGCCGCACUCUUCACCCGAGCUCCGCUUUGGUGGUUCCCACAUUGGGUAACAGCUCCAAUACCUCUACAAGACCAAGCUCCGUCCGUUCAAGUACCACCAACUCAAGUCAGACCCUGAACGAGUCUGAUCGAACCGCGAAACGCUUUGCGCUCUACCGCACCGGCACCAAUCUGACGGAGAAGAAAACGAACAAGAAGGAAGCCAUAAGUGAUGAUCUGACUGAGAUGAUGAGUCGUGCAAGCGAGUACAUGACAGUUGCUUACUUCAAGAUCCCGUCCAUGGUACUGUGUCUUUCUUACAAGGGCAAGAGCACACGCAACUUUGAAGAUGUCCACGAUCUGGUCUUCCGGAUGCCUACGAUAGAGUACCGCAACAAGACAUGGUCUAACCUGGAUCUCGUGACGCAACUCAAGAAAGACGUCCUGAGGGCGCUCCUCUCCCACGCCGGUACAAUCGUUGGCAACAAAAUCUCGCACCACCGACCCUCAGCCAAAGCACAGUCGCGCCUUCGACAACUCGCCAACAGCAGCACGAUGCUCAACACUUCUCCCGAUCUCUCAGGCACCGACUCAAAUUCCAUGCGCGACCACUCACCCGGUGGCUCCGACCUCUCAGCCGAAGACCGCAUGCCCCGCCGUUCUUUCGCAUCCGGCCGCCAAGGUAGUCUCAUCAGCACCGUCUCGGAAGAAGGCUCGUCUCUCCAGUCAUCAAAACCACCUUCAACCUCCAACCAAGCGCGCUCGACACACGGUUCCAUCAUGGGUGGCUUGAAUCAUCACAGCAACGGACUAGGCCCCGAAGACGUGGAUGACGGUCGCGCCUUUGCUGAUGAGCUGUCCAGAGUAGACAACACAGAGCCAGUCCACGCAAACCUCAUUCAUAGCUUGAGUAAACACAUCGCUGGAGUUAGCGCACCCUUUGCCGGACACAUGCGAGGCAGAGCGGGUAGCGGCGCAGCCAGCAUGAGAGCAGCCAGCGUGGCCACUGGUAUUAGUGGCGUCAGUGGUAUGAGCGGACGGGAAGGCAGCGUGAUGGAAGAAGACACCGAUGGUCCGAAAACGAAGAAAGCGAAGGCUCUAGGCAAGAAGUUGCUUGGUAGGGGGAACUAG